AUGGUAAAGGUAUUAGUACUAGGAGCUUCAGGAUACAUAGGAAAUGCUUGCGCUACAGCAUUUGCAAGGUCUGGUCAUGAAGUCUUUGGUUUAGUUCGUAAACGUGAAAAGGUCAAAAUACUUGCUAGGAAUGAAACAGAAUUAUGUGAUGUCAUAAUCGAUGCAACAUCAGAAUAUAAUGAACCUGUAAAACUUGUUAAUAUCAUACUGAUUUCUUGUAAUGAAAUGUCUAAAAAGCGAGUUGAAGCCGGUGGUAGUAAAUUGACACUUAUUUAUACUUCAGGGCUUUGGGUCUAUGGUGGUAAUCCGUUCUCAAUAAAAUCAGAGCAAACACCUCUUCACACGGACCUAAAACUCGACUCUUGGCGUCCUGAAUGCGAAAGACAAAUCUUAAGUUCACCUCAUAUUAACGGCAUAAUAAUUCGCCCUGGUGCUGCAUAUGGUAAAAGUGGUUCCUUAACUGGUAUUUGGUUUAAAGCUGCAGUUGAAGGAAAGUUGGAAGGGAUUGGAAAUAGAGAUAUCAGAUGGGCUUUUGUUCAUGUUGACGAUUUAGCUGACUCAUAUGUGCAAGCAGCUGAACGCGCAGAAAUUGUUAAAGGACAAAUUUUUAAUGUUGUAAACAAUUCAACUGAAUCAAUGGGCGAUAUUCUGACUGCGAUUGCACGAGUUACAGGAUUUAAAGGAGAAAUAAAAUUCCGUGAACCUACAACAGAUUUUGAGAUAGCAAUGACUCAUAUAGACCUUUUUACAAAUCGUAAAUCACAGACAUUACUUGGAUGGCAUCAAAAGAAAUUAGGAUUUGUUGACGGAAUUGAAAUCUGGUGGAAUAGUUUUAAAGGCUGGAAUGAGUCCUUAGAAUCGGAAUUUAUUAAAACAUAA